AUGAUAGUUAUCAAGAAACGAAAAUGUGUGCAACAAGAAACCGAUGAUGUUAUGGAACCUAAAUUUGUUUGCACACAUCUAUCACUUUCCUGUCAAUGCAUGGAUGAUACACAGAUCAUUAAGAAUAUAAAGAAUGCGACGAAUCUUGAUGGUUCUUGGAAGAUCAAGAAGAUGCUGGAAAAGAGUGAUCUGGGAAACAAUUCAAGACUUUUGGUGAGUAAAGAAUUGGCUAAGGAGUUUGUGAUUCCUUUCUUGACUAGCGGUGAUGACACAGCUAAGGAAAAAGAAGGAGUUGAAGUUCAAGUAUUGGAUAUUGAUGAUAACACUCUCCAUUCUCUCAAUUUUAAGAUAUGGACUUCUGCACAAAGUUACGUCUUCACCAAAAAAUGGAUUAAAGAUUUUGUUCGUAAGAGAAACUUAAAGAAAGGAGAUGAAAUCGGUCUUCGUUGGAAUGAGCAAAACCAACAAUUUGAGUUCUCGGUUCUUCGUAGAUGUUAG